AUGGCUCCUCUACCAGAAGUCCGACUGAAACCGUAUGUUCGACCGUUCACAUAUGUUGGCCUUGACUAUUUCGGACCAUUAUUGGUUAAAGUUGGUAGGAGUCAGGUGAAAAGAUGGGUAGCCUUGUUUACUUGUCUCACCAUCCGGGCGGUACACUUGGAGGUCGUGCACAGCCUUUCAACGGAGUCCUGCAUAAUGGCAGUUCGACGCUUUGUGUCACGUCGCGGCUCGCCUGCGGAGUUCUAUACGGAUAACGGAACGUGUUUUCAAGGCGCGAGCAAUCAACUGGAGAAGGAGAAAGUGGAAGCACGCAAUCAAGUACUGGCCACCACAUUUACGACUGCUAGUACACAGUGGCGUUUCAUUCCACCUGCUGCCCCCCAUAUGGGUGGCGCUUGGGAGCGGCUGGUCAAGUCGGUCAAGGUGGCCAUGAGUUCGGUUGCAGAAGCACCACGCACACCAGACGAUGAGGUCCUGGAGACGGUACUGCUCGAGGUGGAGGCACUAAUCAACGCUCGGCCACUCACCUACAUUCCGCUUGAGUUCGCAGACCAGGAGGCUCUCACCCCCAACCAUUUUCUCCUGGGGUCAUCCAACGGAGAUAAGGUUCAACCGUUUGGACCAAUCGCAAAUCCGGCGGUGCUGCGUAGUGGAUGGAGACUAGCGCAGUCUAUCACAGAAGAGUUCUGGGCAAGGUGGCUGAAAGAGUAUAUUCCAGUGAUCACCCGACGAGGGAAAUGGUUCGAAGAAGUGAAAGAUAUCGCGGUAGGGAUUUGGGGUUUGAUCAGAGGACGAGUAGAAGCAGUAGUGCCGGGCGUGAUGGAGAGUCCGGCAAGCAUACGUCCGAACAUCAUCCGGGGUUCUACGGCGGCCUGCAGUGAAGCAGGCGGUACUCGACGUGCGAGAGGGCUGUGA